CAUAAUUUAAAAACAAACAGAAACAGACAGGAUGAUAACAUCAGUAUAGCUACACCGCAGUAUUGACGAUUACAUUGAUAUUUCAAGUGAGGACCCAUUAACUUAACUAGAAGUUGAAGGCAAGGCUUUUGGAGGAACUAAUGAUUUCCGCGUUAUGACACAAUCGAGGUUGUGCAGACAACAGUUUGGCUUCUGGCUAUGGUUUCUGGUAAGAUAUUGAGUACCCUUACCUAAAUAGACAAGGAACCAGCAUCGAAACGCCGCUGCUGAUCCAGUUUCUUGUUUGCUAAAAUGACAAGGCUCCAAGAUCAAGGUACCUUUGGAGUCGUUCUCUUAGUCCUGCUGAUUGUCCUGAGCGUCUGCUUGGUGAUCAUUUCCCUGGUCACAUGCUAUUUGUACAACAUUUUCAACUGCUACGAAAGGUUCAGAAGACUGCGACGAGUCCCCGAGACAGUGACGCAUAAUAACAGUGACGUCGGCAGAAGUAGCGAGGUUGACGCUCAAACACGUUCAAGCGGCAGUCGUCUAUUUUUGGGUAAAUUUAAAAAAUCAAUAAAAGGCGAAGCCAAGUCGACGUCACCGAAACUACCAAUCCUUCACAUUUCUGAAAUCGAAAAGCAACAAUACCGGCGAAAGCCACGUCCUGAUAGCGCAGUACUGUUAGGCCAGGGACGUCUAACAUUCGCACUAAAGUACGUGAGGGAAACUGAGUUGCUUCAUGUACAUCUCAUCAAUGGCCGUCAGAUUACACUACCAAGUGGUGAAUUAGCGAGAUUACCAGUCGUAAAACUGCGAAUUAACGAUGCGAUAGAAGACGAGAGACAGUCAUCACCAGAUGAUACACCAAACCCUGAAUUCGACGAAGUAGUUUCAUUUAGAUUGCAGGAAGAUUCGCUUGGAGUAGCUGUGCUGCAUUUCACAAUAUGGGACUCAGAUCUAAACAUGUUUAAAGCUUUGGUCGGCUUCAUAAGGGUUCCUCUAGUUAACUUCGUGGAUAGCUUGCUACGGCCUAGUGGUACUGGACCCCUGACUAGGGAAAUUAAUCUUAACCCAGACAAGGAUCUACCAUCAAGAAACAAUGGAGAAAUAUUAAUUUCGCUUUCCUAUACUGCGGAAGAUGACAAGUUUAUAGUUGCAGUUUUGAAAUGCAGAGAUUUGACAACUGAAGAUGAUGUCACAGAACUCUUUGUAGCUGUUUCACUUUGCGCUAACGCAAAUCUAAUCAGCCAGCAAAAUACAAAGUGCGUGGAAAAAUCUGACAAUGUUACAUUCAAUGAAAUGUUGGCCUUCGGGCCAUCGAUGACAAAUAAACACUUGACCAAAAACAAUGUUUCAAUUAAUAUAAGUAUAAAGGCAAGAACUUUAACCGAUGAAGAAUUUGUUCUUGGUGAAGCAAAAAUAGGCCCCAACACAACAGAGGAAGGUAUACUGCACUGGAAAGAGAUGAUCACUUAUAGCAGAACUGCCGUAGCACAAUGGCACCGAUUGAUUUUCUGAGAAGCUUCUAUCUGCAGCGUCUCUUAAUGUUAUGGCGGUAUACAUAGAGUACCAACCUUUUUACGCAGAUCAUAAUAAUAUUUUGUCGAUCUACCUUUUUCUUUACGAUCUACCUUAUUUAAGACAGCCUUUUCACCAGUGGUUAAAAUUCAUGAAUGCUUUGUACGGUUCCUUGGAAGAUAUUCUGACUAAGUAUCCAAAGGACUUUUAUAUAACUGAAGCAACGCUGCUAUUUUAAUUAAGGGGGAUCCUUUAUUGGUGUCGUCAUUACGAUGCUCAUCUUGUGUUUUUGCAGUUCACCCAGAAGACGUCCUAGCCUUCAGUAGGCAAUGAUAAUUAGAAACUUUUUGAUAAAAAGAUCAGUAGACAAUCAUGAUAAGAAUCAUCCAUUUUUUAAGGGUUUGGAUGACGCAAGCUACCUCAAUAAUGAUCGAUGAUAUGAUGAAGAUUUUCACGUUUAACUUUGGGUUAGACAAAAAACUUUAUUCAUAUUCUUCAUUCCUUGGAUUUUUUGAUAAAAGUUUUAAGUGCUUAUGAGGGACUCAGGUACAAAUAGCAUGAUGCAUUUUCACCGGCUUUUGUAUGAAUUUAGUAAUUUUAGUUUGAGAGCAGUUUUAAUUUUCACAGUUAAUUUGCUACCAGUUUCAUUCAUUAUUUGUUAUUAAUUGUCAUCUAAUGUCUUCA